ACUAUACUUUGUUAUAGCUCAUGCUGUGUGUCUAAUUCCGGUUGAUUCCACUCAUUCUUUGAUUUAUGCGAUUUUACACUCUAUUCUUGUGUCGUGAAAUUGUUUAUUUAACACAUUGAUAGCUUCGGGGUCUUACUUUUUGUACACAAGGCACAAAUUUAAUAACAACGACGACUAUAAGAAGAAGAACGGGAGGUUCGUUGUUAUUGUUGGGACCUGUUGGGAAUGCCAUCCCCUCCACACAGUCGCAGUAGUCAUGAAGAGUCAACGAACAUAUCAGACAGUGGUUCAGAGGGCGAGCACAAGCUUCCUCUCAGCCAGUUCUAUCCAUACAUUCGCUGUGCCCUGUGCUGCGGUUUCCUCAUCGAUGCCACCACCAUCACAGAGUGCCUGCACACAUUCUGCAAAACCUGCAUCGUGAAGCACUUCUUAUACAGCAACAGGUGUCCCACAUGUGGCAUUGUUGUCCACCAGACCCAACCUUUUUACAACAUCAGGCCUGACAGACAACUGCAGGAUAUUGUGUACAAAAUGGUUCCCUUCCUGGAGGAACUUGAACGAGAACAAAUGUGUAACUUCUAUAAACAGAGAGGGCUGGAAGUACCAAAACCAGUAGUGGUCUCCCCUCCGGGUCCUGCUGUGUUGAAAAAGCAGAGGAAAGAUAACAUUGCGCAGUCUGUGUUCGCUGUUCCUCCUGAGCUAGAUGUAUCUCUCCUUUUGGAGUUUGUAGGGGCUGAAGAGGGCAUUAGCAACUAUAAGCCACUAGAGAGGCGGUACGUUCGUGUGUCAGGUGAUGCCACCAUCCGCCAUGUGGAGUUGUUCAUCAGGAGGAAGAUGGAGCUUAGCCCAACCUGCCAGGUGGAUGUUGUUUGUGGAGAUCACCUCUUAGAUCACUACCAGUCACUCAAAGACAUACAGAGGUCUGCAGGUGAAGAUGCACUGCAGGAUGGUCUGUUGGUGCUACACUUUGGCUUGGUCCUGCCCUCACAGUCUUGAGUGUGACCGCUGGAUGCAACUGGCCUUUUGGACUUUGUUUUUCAUCAUUCCAUUCUUGUCGUAACACAGAGUAAAGAUUAUACUUUUGCAUUAUAACUACUACAAAACUGUGUUGUUCAGAAAGUGUUAAAAUUGUCACAGAUUAACAUAAAUCUAACACCAAAGUGCAGAAAGGAACUGACAAAAAUGUGUAAGACAAAAUCCAUGAAGUCUAAAUUUGGAUUUCUUUAUUGAACAGUCUGAAAUGAAAUGCUGUCAGCUGCUCUUUUCACUCUGUUGCAAGUGUUCAUCUCUCAAGACCAUCAUCUUAUAUUCAGGAUUUAAAUUUGCCAAACACUGAUGUACAUUUUAUUCACUCAAGUGCAAGCAUGCAAAAAUGAAUUUACCAGAUGAAUGGAAAGGACAAGUACCAGGUCCCAGUUCACACUGCCAAGGUGUCUUUUCAGGUGUGCUUCCACUGAACAUAAAAAUGUGACUUCUGCUGUAUAUUUAAAACUGGACGUAACUGCUGUUUGUGGAUCUGAAACUCAGGCAGCGCACUGUGAAGGUAUUACAAGCUGUGUCUAGUUUACCUGUCUUUCUAGAAACCAGGGGCCUCUAAAGUUUCUUUCUAUUAAUAUGAAGAGUUUACUAUGAUUGAGUUUAGAUACUUUUUAUUUAUAAAUAGCUUGAAACAAAAAGACUACCGCUACCAAAGGUUUCUGUAUGUGCUUAUAUAGUGCUUAAUUCAACACAGUAGCUUUAAUUACAGCUUGCUUCUUACUGAGUUACACAGUUAAUUUAACAUCUGUUAACUAUUAUAGAAGCAGUCUGCUAAUGGAAAUUAAUGGGACUUGAUGAAACCUCUGCUUUCAGUACAACACAUCAGAGCACAUAAACAGCCAUCUAAACCGGGUUUGUACAUAGAAGUGUUUGGGGGAAAAAAAAAAAGAAAAACAAAAAAAAAACUUCCUG